GGCGCUGACCGAGCGGGCGGACGCGCGCGCGGGAGGGGGGCGCACACGCGCUCCGCCUGCCAAUGAGCCCGGCCACCUCCCGCUGUAGCAAGGCGGCGUGAGCCAGAGGGAGCCCGGGAGCAGCCGAGCGCCAGCUCCGGCAGAUCAAUGGUGGGAGGGGAGGCGGGAGGAAGCCCAGCCUGACGUCAGGAAACUUUCUCGGUGGCUGAGCCGGAGCUCGCGGAGCCGCUUCUUUCCCUGGGCGCCUCGCAGGGGCCGGCCCCGGCUGCCACCCUCCAUCACUCCGCAAGUGCAUUGAAUGCUACAAAGCAGAAACGAUAAAAGUUGAAAGAUGUUGACAAAUGAGUGAUAUGCGAGCAAGUGUCUGUCGUGCCCCGGCCGAGAAAUUUGAAAAUACUAGGGUAAGGUUGAAGUGCCACAAAACAGAAAACAUAUUUGACUGGCUGAUUCUCAACAUGAACCGUGCUUUCAGCAGAAAGAAAGAUAAAACAUGGAUGCACACUCCUGAGGCUUUAUCAAAGCAUUAUAUUCCCUACAAUGCAAAGUUUCUUGGCAGUACAGAAGUGGAGCAGCCCAAAGGUACAGAAGUUGUGAGAGAUGCUGUUAGAAAACUAAAGUUUGCAAGACAUAUCAAGAAAUCUGAAGGCCAGAAAACCCCGAAAGUUGAAUUACAAAUCUCAAUUUAUGGUGUAAAAAUUCUAGAUCCAAAAACAAAGGAAGUCCAGCACAAUUGCCAGCUUCAUAGGAUAUCAUUUUGUGCUGAUGAUAAAACUGACAAGAGGAUAUUUACCUUCAUAUGCAAAGAUUCUGAGUCAAAUAAACACUUGUGCUAUGUAUUUGACAGUGAAAAGUGUGCUGAAGAGAUAACUUUAACAAUUGGUCAAGCAUUUGACCUGGCUUACAGGAAAUUUCUGGAAUCUGGAGGAAAAGAUGUUGAAACAAGAAAACAGAUUGCAGGGUUACAGAAAAGAAUUCAAGAACUAGAAACUGAAAAUAUAGAACUGAAAAAUAAGGUACAAGAUUUGGAGAACCAGUUAAGAAUAAAUCAAAUACAUACAUCUCCACUGCUGCACAUAAAGUCUGAUAAUGAUCAACAUAUGUUUCAAAGACCCUCCACCUUUUUCUGGUGUAAUAAUGAGGAUUCAACUCCUUGUUUAGAUAUCUCUUCCAUUACACUUACUCCUAUGAGCUCUCCUGAUUCCAGACUAUCAUCUGGACUAUUAACACCACCACCUUCAAAAAGUGGUCUUCCAAAGCCAGUCAAUGAAUACAGCAUCCCAAGACCUUGUGCAGGCAGUGUGACACCUAAAUCACCCUCCACUGACAUCUUUGAUAUGGUUCCCUUUUCUCCCAUAUCCCCUCAGUCAUCAACACCUACUCGCAAUGGCACACAGCCUCCUCCAGUACCCAGUAGAUCUGCAGAGAUCAAGAGAGACCUUUUUGGAGCAGAACCAUUUGACCCUUUUAGCUGUGGAGCAGGAGAUUUCCCUCCAGACAUUCAGUCCAAACUAGAUGAGAUGCAGGAGGGGUUCAAAAUGGGACUAACUCUUGAAGGCACAGUAUUUUGUCUGGACCCACUAGACAGCAGGUGCUGAUGCCAAGACCAGAAAUUUGAAAUUCAUAUACAAUCCUUUAUUUUUAAUUCAGAACAAGUAUUAUAGAUGUUAUUCAUGUGCCAAAAAUUAUAUUUUUAAACAUGUUAACUCUUGUGAAGUUUGCUUCUGUAAAACACCAACUUAGGUCCCCUGUACAAAUGUAAAAAGUCACACUUGUAUAUGAAAUAUGAAUUAAAUUACACUGUUGUAUUUCUCGCUGUCAUACUUGGACAGACAUUUGCAAUACCUAAUGAGUAUUCACUUUAAGCUGGGAAAGUUCUUUAAUGAACUCAUAGAUACCUCUUUCUGUUAGAAGGCAAUAUAAUUUUUGCAUAAUAUUUGAGUGGUGACAUUUUAAAAUUAAUCGUCUCAAGCCACUAUUUAAUUUCAGGUCAAUAGGAUGAUUAUUGUACAAUAAAAAAUUUAAGUACCAAUUAAGGAAGUAAAACAUACUGAAAAUUAGUAUGUACAUAACAGAUAAAUCUGGAUGCCAUGUAAUUUAUUCCAGUUAACUGUACACAAUCACUAUACUAUAUGAAUAAUGUUAUUGUUAGCCCAUUGCAUCUGUAAUAUUUUAGGCCUUUAAUUCACAUUUUAAAAAGUAAAUCUAUCGGAUUAAUUGUCAAUAUGCUAGCUAAUGUUUGAUAAGUGCACUAGGGAGGGCUAGUAUACAUGUGACCAUUGUUUUGUAAAAUGGACAAACUUAAUGCUAUGCAUUUCUGGUUUGAUGUUUUACAGCUAAGCUAGUUGCACAUAUUGUAUGAUGUUUGUAAUUUGGAAUUCAUUACAUGACAGCUAUAUUUAAUGUUCUGAAAACUAAGACCUUCAUGCUAAAGAACAUGUAGUAACCCCACUGCAUUCACUGGGACUACUCGUGUGUAAAGGUACUCGCAUGCUAACGUGUUUGCAGGGGUGGGGCGCUCAAACGUGGAGAAACACUGUAGUGUUACUGCUAAAUGUCACACUGCAGCUCUACAGCUUACAGCAGCAACUCAGUGCAAACUAAUAAUGAAACCUUAAAUACCCAUAAAUAGGUCACAUAACAGAGCUAGAUAUUAAAAAUAUCUUGCAUUGUGAUGAAUAAUCACACACACAAAAUAUUGCUGCUGGGUGUUUGUAUAUUGUUGACUUGUUUAUGCAUACUUUUCACUAACCUUUAACAUAAACAGCAAGUGAAUGUUUGCAUCCAGCCAUGAACUUGUUCCUUAAUGUUUAUACUUUGCCAUGAUUUUGUUCAUUGUGUACCAUGUCCAAAUUUUAUGUUAAGGAUAUUCCCCAUCCAUAAAACCCUCAUUAACACCCCCCUCUCCAUUAACAACACACAUAAGUAGAAAAAGAACUUUUAGGGGAUUUUUAGUAGGGUUGGUUGGGGUCUUUUUUUCCCCAAAAAAGACUUACUUUUUUUGGUACAUUAUGUCUCAUGUUUUUGAGCUUAUUGUCUUAAGGUUUAAACAGAAAAAAAUGCAUUUAUGCAAUAUUACAUUUAAGCAUAUAUGCUUAGGCCCUGAUUCAGCAAAGUACUUAAGCACAUAUGUAAUGUUAAGGAUAAGGGUAGUCCCAUUAGCAUCAAUGGAGGAUACUCAUUUGCUUGAAGUUAGGCAUGUGCUUAAGUAACUUGCUGAACUGGUAUCUUAAUGUUCAACUUUAUUUAAGUCUUCCUCUCUUAUUUUUUGCUCAACAUUCUCUCUCACACACACACACACACACACACACACACACACACACACACACACACACACACACAUAUAAUCACUAACAAAUAGAUUAGUAUAUGUUUCAUAAGCAAAAGUCUUUAUAAUUUUGUUUGUCUUAUAGUAUUUUGGAAUUUGUAUAAUGAGGAUGUUUAGUAGCCAUAUCCAUGGCUUUUUUUAACAAAUAGAAUUUGUAUUUUUAUUGUACUUUAAAAAGCUUUAUGUAAUAAGCAUAUAUUUAGUGGCCAUUUACGAUCAAUGGUAACACAAUACUAAGAUAUUUGCACAUUUUAAGAAACCUUUUUCUUUACUGAUUUUUAUGGCAAUUGACUCUGCAGAUGGCAUGAUUAAAUAUUAUAUAAACUGAUUGAUCAGUACAAAAAUACUUAAAUCAAUGCAACAGUGCAUUUUUAAUGAAAAUGUUUAGUGAUCUGGUUCAAAAUUGUAUUUCUAUGUAAUCUCAAUUGUCUGUUU